CUUGCAGUCGAACGACAACUGCGGAUGUCCGAUGGCUUGCGAAGAGAUAAACUACAAAGCUGUACAUGUUGCGUUUUACCGCGAGCCUAGUCCUGUUUCACCCAGUCUAGUAGCUCGAGGGUCCCGCGGCGAAGUGCGGCUGAACAAUCUACCGACGUUGCGAGUUCGGCGUCAUGCCAUCAGGGACAAGAUGGCGUUAGUCGUGGACAUCGGAGGCGUGGGCGGUGUAUUCUUCGGGGCAUCUUUACUCAGCGUUAUUGAGAUUGUGUACUUGCUUUGCAUUCGUCGCAGUCGCAGCUCAUAAACGUCAGCUAAUGUGUGGCGCCCAGACAGAAGUGCGGUUCAGUGAGCUGCUCGUUCCCGUGCGUGGGCGCAGCGCCGCCGCGCGUGUGCCCCGAGCCGCCGCCCGAGUGCCCCACGGGCUGCGCGUGCGUCACCGACUGCCGCCGC